AUGAUUUUUCUAAGUUUCUUUAUUUUCCUAUUUUUGGAAUUAUUUGUACUGUGUGAAGCUUCAGUCCAUACCAUUCAAAUUAAGGACAAGCAUUUCGUUGACACAGUGACUGGAAAACCAUUCUUUAUCAAAGGUGUGGAUUACCAGCCAGGAGGCUCCUCCGAUGUCAGUGAAAAACAAGAUCCAUUAUCCAAUACAGAAGCGUGUGCUCGUGAUAUUUUAUUGUUUCAAGAAUUGGGUAUAAAUACAGUAAGAAUUUAUUCUAUAAACCCAGACUUGAACCAUGAUGCGUGCAUGACCAUGCUAGCAAUGGCAGGGAUUUAUCUUAUAUUGGAUGUUAAUUCGCCAUUGCAAAACCAACACCUGAACAGGUACGAACCUUGGACUACGUAUAACGAAGUUUAUUUGGAACAUGUUUUCAAAGUUGUCGAACAAUUUUCUCAUUACAACAAUACCUUGGGAUUUUUUGCUGGAAAUGAGAUUGUAAACGACAAAAGAUCAGCACAAUAUUCUCCUGCAUAUAUCAAGGAGUUGAUUGGGACUAUGAAGAAUUAUAUAAGUGUCCACUCACCCAGAACAAUUCCGGUGGGUUACUCCGCUGCAGAUGAUCUGAACUACAGGGUAUCAUUAUCAGAAUAUUUGGAGUGCAAAGAUGAUGAUAAGCCAGAGAAUACUGUUGAUUUCUAUGGUGUUAACUCUUACCAAUGGUGCGGCCAACAAACUAUGCAAACUUCAGGGUAUAAUACACUAGUCGACGCUUACAGGAGCUAUUCAAAGCCAGUUUUCUUUUCAGAAUUCGGAUGCAAUAAAGUAUUGCCAAGGCAAUUCCAAGAAAUAGAUUACCUGUUCUCUGACGAGAUGUAUUCAGUGUUUUGUGGAGGUCUAGUUUACGAGUUUUCACAGGAGGAUAAUAAUUAUGGCUUAGUGGAAUAUCAAGAAGACGAUUCAGUGCAGCUAUUAGCAGAUUUUGAGAAGCUUAAAUUGCACUAUCAAAACGUUGAAUUCCCUUCUAUGAAGACUUUAAAAGAGACUGUUCAACUGGAAGAGACACCAUCGUGCAUAGGGGAUUAUGAAAAUUUGAAGAUAGAAUCUAAAAUUGCUAAAAAUUUAGGAAGUUCUUUGAUAAAGAAAGGCGUGAAAGUUGACAAAGGCAAAUAUAUAGAUAUUUGCGAGAAUCAGCUGUCCACUAAUGUUACGAUUUUAGACAUGCAUGGUGAUAGCUGGGAUGGGCCCAAAAAGAUUGAAAUCAGGCAAAGUCUGACGUUUUCAGACCUGGAAGGAGAAGGACAAGAAAAUGCGGAUGAAGAUGAUGAUGACUUAAAACGGAAGCACAGGAACUCUGCCUCUAUUUCCGGCCCAUUUUUACCUCUUGGGUUGUUUUUGCUUUUUUUUACUUUAAGUAUAUAUUAUUAG